CCCGUUGGUUGGCUGGCAGCCACCUUGCCAUGGCAACAUGGAGCAAACACUCCCUGGGUUGCUGGGUACCACAGCCUGGAGAGAAGCUCUCAUUUCCCCAGGGAGGAAAGGACAGAGACAGUGACACUGCCAGGGCCUGGGCGCAGCUCCCCAGGCACCAGCCACCCCUGUCUGGAACCAGACUCCUCCAGGUGGCCACCUGCCUGUGCCCCAGGGCCCAACCAAGGCAAGGGCAGUUCGGAAGCAACAGCAAUCCCUCUGGGCAGCUUGCAUUUCUCUUUCUAAAGGUGAAGACAAUGGACGAGGGAGAGGAAAACUCCGACAGCAAGGAAAAAGCUCACAUUGUCACAGAAAAUGAGAGAAGUAUGAUGGAAUAUCUUCCAGAGCUGGAGAAAAAAGAGAAAGGUAGCAUGCCCGCUCUAUUUGUAUGUGUUGGGAUCUUCCCAGGAUUUAUCAGCAUUUUAUCUAUUUUAGAAACCGAGAGUGUCAUCAAAAAUAUCCAGUGGAUCACAGGCAACAACUUCACAGUGGAGAGAGGACAACAGCAGAUUGAAGAAUACAUUUCUACAUGGGAUGUUCACGUAAGCUGGCUCCACUGGUCAGAAUUUCUCAAGGAAGAAGAACUGAAACACAGCAAGAGGUACCACUACAGAGUUUGCUGGAGUGUCCCAACACGCAGAAAACCCAUCCCACGAGCAACAGCAAGUGUCUACUUCGUUAUAGAGAUCUCCAAAAUCAAACCUGCUACCUCGCCUGUGGAGGUAUUCUACACUCUGGAGUCCUGCAGGCUGAUUCACAGGCCAGGACAGCAACCGUUUAGAGAAAAGUGGCUUAAGGACAUAAUUGAAAAUAAAAUAAUCCUCAUGGAAAGACUGAAUUUCUAAUGAACAGCUCUGAUUCACAACCACCAAUGCCACCAAUGCUCUGUUAGUAUU